CGCACAUGUGCAGAGUGGCAGGUCCGCGGGAGACGUUACAAAAUGAGCGGCUGACACGCACGGAGCGGCGCCACGGGAGGAACGCCAGGCCUGCAGCCGCGUCUAGCGUUUAGGAGACUUCCCCUGUGAGGAGAUCCGCACCUUGAGACCCUCAUAAUGGAUCUUCACGAUAAAGAAACUCACCCUGGAGAGAUCCUACCUGUCGUGAUCAUUGGCAACGGGCCGUCGGGGAUCUGUCUGUCCUACCUGCUGUCGGGCUACACCCCGUACCUGUCGCCAGACGCAUCGCAUCCCAACCCCCUGCUGCACAGCAAGCUGAGAGAGCAGCCGCACCUGUCCCUGCUGGAGCAGGACCUGGAGUACCUGUGCGAGGGACUGGAGGGCCGGUCGUCCAAUCCCGUGGCGGUUCUCUUCGAUUCGCUGCUGCUGCCCGACAGCGACUUCGGAUUGGAGCACGCCUCUCCGUUGGCAUGGCGAUACGAGCCAGAGCGCGCCACCCCUCACCUGGUGCUGGGGAAGGGUCCGCCCGGAGGAGCCUGGCAUGCGAUGGAGGGCUCCAUGCUAACUCUGAGCCUGGCUAACUGGAUGGAGCUUCCUGGACUCAAACUGAAGGACUGGAUGAGAGAAAAACGCAGAAACGUGAGGAACGACAGAGCCACGCCGGCAGAGAUAGCCUCCUACUACCAGCACUACGUUUCCCAGAUGUCCCUGGGGCAGAGCUUUGCCAGCAGAACCACCGUUACCUCGGUAACCAGGCAGCCUGGCAACCAGGAGGGGUCGCCGCCCUGCUGGAGAGUGACGGGACUGCAGCGCAGAGAGGGGGAGGAGCUGGGAGACGGCUCCUCGGUGUCGGAGGAGGUGCCGUUCUCCCUGUUGGCCCACAGCGUGGUUCUGGCGACGGGGACCCACGACAUCCCGGCCCGGCUGGGAGUCGAGGGCGAAUCCCUGCCCUUCGUCUGCCACUCCUUCUGGGAGCUGGAAAACGCCAUCUCCCGCGGCGAGCUCGACCAAUCCUCCGACCCCGUGCUGGUGGUGGGGGCGGGGCUUACGGCGGCCGAUGCGGUACUGGCCGCCCACCAUCUGAACACGCCCGUGUACCAUGCCUUCCGACGCUCCGUCACCGACCCCGGCCUCAUCUUCAACCAGCUGCCCAAACUGCUGUACCCGGAGUACCACAAGGUUCACCAGAUGAUGACGCAGCAGCAGCACCGGCCCAGCCCUGCACCCCAGGACCAGGCCGGGGACCUCCUGCACCCCUCCACCCCGCCCUCCCCAACAUCCUCCCCUUCCUCAUCUCCUACCUCCUCCUCGUCCUCCUCCUCCUACCCAGGUUACCUCAGCUUCCCUCGCCACCGGGUCGUGGCGUUCCGACCCGACCGCAAGUGCGUGCUGGAGUCGGACUCGGGCCAGCGCACGGUGGUCCAGGUCUCCAUGGCGCUGGUCCUGAUCGGAGCCCACCCCAACCUCUCCUUCCUGCCCGAGAACGGGCGUCCGCUGGGCGUCAACCCCGACGAGCCGAUCUCGUGCCGCAGGAACCCGAUCGAGGUGGACCCGUUCACGUGCGGGGUGGUGUCGGCGGACGGGCCGGGCAUGUACGCCAUGGGCCCGCUGGUCGGCGAGAACUUUGUCAGGUUCCUGAAGGGAGGGGCUCUGGCCAUCGCGUGCGACCUGGCCAAGAGACAGAGGGAGGAAAGAGAGGGAGGAGGGGAUUUGAUGAUGGACCGAUGGGCAGAUCGAAAGGUUACCAGACACACAGAAACAGAGGUCUGCGUUCUGGACUUGUAGCGGCUUCGCUGGAACAGAAGAGUUUAGCGAACGCAUGAACGUCAAACUGAACCGACCUACCCUGAUGUGAUCCAGCAUAAACGGAUCGAACACAAACGGGAGCUGGUGCUCAACUGAAACUGAACUGCUGGAGACAAAAUCUACUUCAUUUGAAAUAAGCGGUAUGGUGACCCUCUUCUAGAAACGAGGCACUGAACAAGUCAGCCAAAACGUUUCAGGUUGUCCAGCAAGCGACAGACGGUCUCUGCAGCUGGACUUGGGGCCGGUCUGGUUCCCCCUGAGCUGAUCUGCCGAGGACCAAAAGCAUCAGCGCCAUCUGACCCGCAGGAAUCUGAAGUGUACGGAGUUUCAGAAAGUGGUCGGAGGAGGCAGAGGUGAGGGUCUGUCCGGGGUGUGGAAGUAGGAGAGAGACGGAAAAAUGGACCAAAGAACGAGAAAGGAAGAAAUCCACGAGGGAACGAUGGGAUUCGGAGGAAAAUGCGAGGUGUGGACAACGUCAAGACCGAAACGGAGAACGAAGGUAGAGAGAAAGAAAGAAACAACACAAACAAGGACACUGAUGCUGAGCUGGUCUCCUGGUCCUGUCAUGGAGACUUAUUUUCGUUUCCUCAUCACACAGAAAGCCUCGACACUUUGCAGUAAUGACCUCGUUAAAGUUUAACACGCGAACGCCGAACGUGACCAAAAGAUCACGUGUCACGCCUGGCUCGUGUUUUGACAUUAAAGCAGCAACGCUCUCUGUUGCAAAAAAAAAAAAAAAAAACCCACAUACAAUCAUAAGCUGUCUCUUCCGUUAAAAUUACACUACCACGGUCAAAAAAGUUUAUUUUUUACAAAUUUGCCCCCUUCUUUUCAUUUUAUAUUAUUUUCUUUGAAUGUGGCUGUGUUUUCUCAGUGCUACUGUAUUCUGUAUGUUUCAGUGUGAUUUCUAUUCACGUGUUGGACGAGAUCUUUGUUAAUCUUUGGUCAUAUUUAAAGAUAUUUCUGGCAAAAAAACAAAAAAAAAAGAGCGGCGCAAAAGUAACUUAUGAACCAUUCCUUUGGUGAAUGAUUCAGCUUCUGCUCUUGGAACCAAUUAACAAAAGAAAUGAGGAAACAGAAAUUUAAAAAAUGCAGUUAUGAUGGUUUUGGGAGAGGGUUUUUUUUUUUUGUGGCAUUAUAAACUAAGAUACCAGUUAAUUUCAUCCACUCAUGCAAAAUGACUGCUGAUAUGAACUUAUCAGCUAAUUUUUUUUUUAACACAACACACUAACAUUUUUCAUAAUCAUGCAAUUACCUAAAUGGAAUAUAGGUACCUGCUUUUAACACUGGAUGUAAAGCAUUUGAUUUUAUUUCAGAAUGAGCCAUGAACUGUUUUAAUUAGUUGAAAUAUGACAACAAAGUGAAGGUACAAUAUAUUAUUAUAUAUAUGACAUACAGGGGAAUUAAAGAUGAGUUCGAGUUCAGAUUACCACUGAAAUAACAUUUUGAAUUACAACACUAGAGUUGUAAAAAAAAACAAAUCACCAGUUAAAUGACACAAUCAGAAACAGCGCCUGAUCAUAUGUAUUGAUAUUUAAUGAUGAAUUCAUUAAUAUUGUCGUUUUUUUAAGGGUGAGUGCGGGGCCUCUGCUGGAUGCCAAGCUUAUUUCCGUAAUUUUCAUUUUUCCUUUUUGUUCCUGAGUCACAUGUGAGCAGAUGAUGCCUUCAGGGCCGAUCGUAUAUUCUGGUGUACUGUUUCUGAGGGCGUUUUCACACCUGCCUUGUUUAUUCUGAUUUAAUCGAACUCAUUCCCCCGGCUUGGUGUGCGUCGUUUGGGGAAAAUGUGAAACCAGCAAUCAGCUAGUAACAGAAAGAAGCACCUCGGUAGUGUUAGCAGGCGGACGUUAGCGACACGGGAACAAGAUAAAUGCGGGGUUAACAUGGCGCUCCAUGUCCGAGUGGGAAACGGCAAUAGUUGUUGCACAAUAAAGCGAGAGAGCAGAAAGAAACAAACCAUCCAAACAUUCCUCCGCCUUUCAACCUGGCAAUAUCUGUCUGACCAAUCAGCUGCCAGCUCCAUGCAGCUUCUUCUUUUGAGCCACGUUGGUUCAUUUGAAUUUCUUUGCUGUGUGAAACCAAAUGAACAAUGCAGCAAAGUAUCAGCUAUUCCUCUGAUUGGAGCAGCAGACAGGUAACGGGCCGCAGGUGUGAAAACGGCCUGUAGCGUCACACCUGCAGCCGGCCGUGCCUUAACACACACACUCGGCUGUAACUCGUGAAACCGAGAAACACGUUUUACGGCUCUUAGCUCCCGUCCUGACAAACACGUUGGUUGUGGAAAAAAAAGUGUCAAAGUCCUCAGAAGUCAUGUCGUCAUUUGUCAGCUGUCCGUGGGAGUGGGGUUUUCCUAAUUCCUUCAAAAAAAGAGAUUUAGAUGUUUUUUGGUAUGUGAAAAAAGAAAUUCAUCAUGAUUUAUAACCUGAACAGGAUGGGUGUAGUUUUAAAAACCUGUUUGCAAAAUUGUGUUUUGGAAAAGUGCUGGUAAAACACCCCGGGGGACACUGUGACAGGGAGGAUGAUGGGAAAAUCACAUGGAUUUUCAACAAAGCUGAAAAUGAGCUGAAUUCCAGAUUUGGGCAAAUGUUUGUGUCUUCACGUCUGACUUCUGAGGUCUGUUGAGUUCACCCUGAAAUGAAACGUGAAAAGUGACCUUUUCACCUGUUAGCCGACUCUCCGUAUCACAACGCACAUCUGUUCAACAAUAAAUGCCAAACAAAAAUAGGCCUAUAUAACUUUUACUCUCAUUUUUAUAUCAAAAUCCUGUUAGCUAUACUUACUGAGACAGGUGUAUUUUUACAGGCUAUAUUACGAUGUACCAGUAGCUGUGCAUAACAUUUUCAAACCUAUAACAUUUAGGGGAAUAAUUUUGUACCGAUGUGAAAUACAAACCCCAGCUGUGACCUUUGACAUUUAAGAAUAAUAACGUGUACCGAUGCCUUUUUAGUGAUGUGUCACAUCAACCUGAAACAUGCUGUACGUUCACUCCCUGCUCAAUGCAGAGUCUGGAAAUGUGGGGAGAAUUUUCCAGAGACAUUAUAAAAAAGUAAUAGAUAAUCAUAAAAAAAUAAAAAAUGCAUUGAAACUGAAUAUUGGCCAUAUUGUUUUUAGCCACUAGGAGGCACUAUUCUGCCCCAAAUGCACAUGUCCUUCAUAGAACUGUGUAAAGCACUGAAUUAUGACUCAGACCAACUAAAAAAAAUCAUGAUAAAAUCCGUUUUUUAAAUCAAAACUGUAUUCAGCAGAGCAGUUCACUGUAGAUUAGUGGUUAGAAGAUGAACAAAGUUACUUCAUUUAUUUUGUGAAGGAUUCCCACAACUUGAAACGCAGGCAUCAGUCUCCACGUAUGAAACUGUGCUGUGGUUUUUCCAUGUUAAAUCAGCAAAAGUAUGAAAUGUAGCUUAAUCCCAGUGUUGCACGUGUGAAACAAAGUCAAAACUACAGCAGUGUGUCUGUGAGUGUUUACUAUAAAUCCUCCCACUUGUCUUUGUCAAUGUCCAGACGUGAGAAUCUGAAACUGUAAACGUCUGGAUGUCGAUUAUUAACAUGAUGUUCCUUAUAACAUGAACUUCCUUAUGAAGUUGAAUCAAGUCUUUUCUAUAUACUUUGUUUCUAUGGAAGAUACUGUUUUCCCCUUAUAGGCUAUAUAAGAGGAGUUUCCUUCCAAAAAUGUAUAUUUUACUGUCAGAUCUGUGUCCUCCAUGUGAAAUACAGUCAUGUCCAUGGGGUUGGUUUCUAUUAAAAAUACACAAUUUUUCAACAA